CUCAACUACAAUCUGUAAUCCACUAACUACAAGUUUAGAACUCCCAUAAAAGCUUAAUGUCUGUGCACCCAACCAUCUCAAUUUCUUCUCACUCACAUUUAAUUUUCUUUGAUUUUGUGGUGCCAACCCCCAGCUGUCAACUGUUUAAUGAGUUAUAUCUCGGCAUAGAUCAUAAAAUAAUCUGUUAGUUUCUGCAUAUUGUCAAUGUUUCAGUAGGUUCAAUUACUGUGGAAUUCAAGAAAAAAAAGAAGAGGAAUUGUCUAUAUAUAUAUGUACGUGUGUAAUAAGGCCUCUAUAGCUUUGAGACUUCAAGGAAAAGACAGCAAACAUGGCAAGUGAGAAAGAUUGCAGUGUUUCAUGUAGGAAUGAAGCUUCUUUGUUUUCUUGGCCAUGGGAGAAUUUGGGUACUUUAAAGUAUUUGUUGUAUGCUCCAUUAGUUGCAAAUGCCCUUUAUGCUAUCUAUAGAGGUGAGAUCAAGAAUGAAGCUUGGUGCUUGCAUAUUCUCAUCUUAUUUGGGGCUAGAGCCCUUGUUCAUCAGCUUUGGGGGAGCUAUUCUAGCAUGCUUUUCCUUAAUCGAAAUCGAAGAAUCGAUCAAAAAGGCUUGGAAUUCAAGCAAAUCGAUGCAGAAUGGCAUUGGGACAAUUUCUUGAUGCUUCAAAUGAUUGCUGCUUCAUUACUGUGCUUGAGUUUGCCUUUAUCCGAUUUUCCCAUCUUCGAUUCGAGGGGGUUUUUGUGGUGCCUAAUUCUCCACAUAGGAAUCUCAGAGCCACUGUAUUACUGGCUGCAUAGGUUGUUACAUUCCCCUGCUUUCUUCCAAGACUAUCACUGGCUCCACCAUAGCUCAAGAGUUCUCCAUCCUUUCACAUCUGGACAUGCUACAUUCUUGGAACAUCUGCUGCUUUGUGUAGUUGUAGGAAUCCCGACUUUGGGAACGAUCUAUAUAGGAUACGGGUCGAUAAGCUUGAUGUAUGGUUAUCUUUUGGCCUUCGAUUUUCUUCAGUGUUUGGCUCAUUGCAAUGUUGAAGUUUUCCCCAGCAAAUUGUUUGAUAAUUUCCCACUGCUCAAGCAUAUCAUUCGUACACCUACAUACCACAGUCUUCACCACACCGACAUGGCGACUAAUUUCUGCCUCUUUAUGCCCUUCUACGACAAUUUAUGGAAGACGACGAACGCCCAAUCAUGGGAGCUCCAACGAGAGAUAAGUUCAAGAAAAAAGAGCAGAGUAGCAGAUUUUGUGUUUCUUGCACACGUCGUUGAUGUUAUAUCAGCGUUACACUCUCCUUUCGUUUUCCGAUCAUUCAGCUCAAUGCCUUUCACUAUAAAGCCCUUCUUGUUUCCAAUGUGGCCUUUUACCUAUUUGGUGAUGCUUGUUAUGUGGGCAAAGGCUAAAACAUUCUUGUUCAGCCUUUACUGUCUCAGAGGUAAACUGCAUGAGACAUGGAUCGUCCCGAGAUUCGGUUUUCAGUAUUUCUUACCUUUUGCAACAAAAGGCAUAAAUAAUCAGAUAGAAGAUGCUAUCCUUAAAGCAGAUAGGCUCGGAGUUAAGGUUAUUAGUCUUGCUGCACUAAAUAAGAACGAGAGCCUUAAUGGAGGAGGGACGCUCUUUACCACCAAGCAUCCCAACCUCAGAGUCAGAGUGGUUCAUGGCAACACCCUCACAGCGGCUGUGAUCCUACAUGAGAUUCCUAAUGAUGUAGACGAAGUUUUCCUAACCGGUGCUACCUCUAAACUUGGGAGAGCCAUCGCUCUCUACCUUGCUCGUCGCAAGGUUAAAGUCUUGAUGCUGACGCUGUCGACAGAGAGAUUUUGCAAGAUUCAGAAAGAAGCACCAAUAGACUGCCAAAGACACUUAGUUCAAGUCACUAAGUACCAGGCAGCACAACAGUGUAAGACAUGGAUAAUCGGAAAGUGGACGACGCCUAGAGAGCAGUACUGGGCUCCAUCAGGAACACAUUUCCACCAGUUUGUGGUUCCUCCCAUCAUCCCUUUUAGAAGGGACUGCACUUAUGGGAAGCUGGCAGCAAUGAGGCUGCCUGAUGAUGUCGAAGGGCUCGGAUCAUGCGAGUAUACAAUGGGAAGAGGUGUGGUGCACGCUUGUCAUGCAGGAGGAGUUGUACAUUUUCUUGAAGGGUGGAAGCAUCACGAGGUUGGGGCGAUCAACGUCGAUCAGAUUGAUAUUGUGUGGGAGGCGGCACUUAGACAUGGCCUGAAGCCAUUGUAGAAUAUGCCAAGACUGAAGAAUUAUGUACACAUACAAACAAGAAUUGUAUGCUAUACCAGUGGAAUAUGUAGCAUACUACUCACUUUUCCACUUUUUUUUUUUGGUUUCUUUCUUUCUCAUGAUUUUUCUACCCAUGCUUUCUUUUCUGGUAUUCUUUUCCCAAAUAAAAGUGGAAUUACAGGGUAAAAGAUUAUAUACACGAUCAAAAUGUGAUAUAUCAAAGUCUUAUUUCACAUGA